AUGGACUAUCCAGAUGCAGAUGCCGGUUAUGUGGAUGAAGAUGAAGAGGAGAUCCCAAUGGCUGAACGUGAGUUGGCUGAAGACGCUGAAUGGAAGUUAAUACAAAAGAAUACAUUCACUCGAUGGGCUAAUGAACAUUUGAAGCCUAAAAAUGUUACCGUAGAAGAUUUACAAUUCGAUUUAGCUGAUGGUCUUCGAUUGAUUGCUUUAGUUGAAUCUCUGUCUGGACAACAAUUUAAACAUGUCAACAGGAAACCAAGUUUUCGUACACAAAAACUAGAAAAUGUUACUAUGGUUUUAAGAUUUUUAGAAGAAAAUGAAGGCUUGAGGCUGGUGAAUAUAGAUAGUUCAGAUAUUGUUGAUUGUCGGAGUAAAUUAAUCCUUGGUUUAAUUUGGACUCUCAUUCUGCAUUAUUCAAUUACAAUCCCACUUUGGGAAGGUGAACCCGACUAUGGGGCUCAAGGACCUACACCAAAACAACGUUUAAUGGCUUGGUUGAAUAAUAAGCUAGCUGAAAGACCAGUGAAAAAUUUCACAACUGAUUGGAAUGAUGGUAUUGCUAUCGGUGCAUUGGUUGAUGCAUGUGCACCUGGUUUAUGUCCUGAUUGGCGUGAAUGGGAACCGAAACAAAAUUUACGAAAUGCACGUGAAGCAAUGGGUGCAGCAGAACAAUGGUUAGAUGUACCACAACUUAUACGUCCAGAAGAGAUGAUUAAUCCAAGAGUGGAUGAAAAAGCUAUGAUGACGUAUUUGAGUCAGUUUCCUAGUGCAAAGCUAAAAGAUGGUGCACCACUUAGACCAAAAUCAAAUCCUGGUCUUGUUCGUGCUUAUGGUCCUGGUCUUGAACCGCAUGGCAAUACAGUUGGUAAUCCAGCACGAUUUACAAUUGAUACAUUCAGUGCUGGUCGAGGAGCUGUUGAAGUGAUUGUACUGAAUCCUAAAGGACAAAGAGAACCAUGUGAUGUCCUCAGUAAUAAUGAUAAACAACAAACUUAUUCAUGCGCCUAUGUACCAACACAAGAAGGUGAAUAUCGAGUGAUUAUUAAGUUUGCUACAAAAGAAAUCUUGAAUUCACCAUUUAAAGUGUUGGUGGAAGGUGCACAGGGGGAUGCAAGUAAAGCAACUGCUUCUGGUCCUGGAAUUGAACCAACCGGAAAUCAAGUUGGUCGACGUACAUUCUUCAAUAUAUUCACUGCAGCUGCUGGACCUGGAAAUGUAGAUUGUGUUAUUCUCGAUCCACUUGGUCGACGUGAUGCUAUUAAACCAUUGAUCACGCGUCAAGGUGAAGAUAAUUAUCUUGUUGAGUAUACACCAAAAGAUGAAGGUCUACAUUCAGUUAAUGUAUUCUUUGCUGGUCAACAAAUACCAAAUUCACCAUUCGGUGUAAUGGUUGGUCCACGACCACCUCCUCCAGUACAAUCUCCUGCUCCUAUAGUUAAUCAAGAAGCUCCUGUACAAGCAUCACAAGCACAGAGAAAAAUGUCUCUACCGAAGCGACCAGCUUGUGAUCCUAAACAAGCCUAUGCAACAGGUCGUGGAAUUCAACCUCAGGGUAUACGAGUUAAAGAUUUGGCCGACUUCAAAGUGCAUACAGAAGAUGCUGGAGAAGGUCCAUUGGAGGUGUCUGUCAUUGCACCAGAUGGUAGAGGUAUCCCAUGCACAAGUCGUAAAACUGGCGCUUAUCUAUUCGACUGCAGUUAUACACCACAACGACCAGGUACACAUCAGGUCAAUGUUCGUUAUGGGGGUGAUCAUAUUAUGCUUAGUCCGUUCACAGUAGAGGUAGCGCCUUACAAAGAAUCACGUAUUCGUGCAUUUGGACCAGGUCUUGUCGGUGGUGUUGUCAAUAAACCAGCUGUUUUUGUCGUUGAGACAAAUGGAGAAACUGGUGCUUUGGGCUUUUCUAUUGAAGGUCCAAGUGAAGCUAGAAUUGAUUGUACAGAUAAUGGUGAUGGAUCAGCUACUGUUGCAUAUUGGCCAACCGCUCCUGGUGAAUAUGCUGUGCAUAUUUUAUGCAAUGAUGAAAAUAUACCAAAAUCUCCUUUCAUGGUACCAAUUGAACCAGAUAUGGGUAAAUGUGAUCCAGAAAGAGUUAAAGCACAUGGACCAGGUAUAGCGCCAACAGGUAAUGUCGCUGGACAACCAACAGAAUUUAUUGUUGAUAUAAGAGAUGCUGGAGGUCCUGCACCAUUGACAGUUGAAUGUAGAGAUAAUGAAGGUGAACCAGUGGCAUUAAAAGUUCGUGACAACGGGGAUGGUACAUACACUUGUAGUUAUACACCAAAAGUGCCCAAGAAGCAUACAGUACUUGUUUCAUACGGUGGAGUUAAUAUACCUAGAAGUCCUUUCAGAGUUGAAGUCGCUGAACCUAGUAAUCCAGGAAAAGUACGCGUUUUCGGACCCGGCGUAGAAAGUGUUACCCGAGGUCAACCAACAUAUUUCACUGUUGAUUGUAAACAAGCUGGACAUGGUAAUGUUGGCAUUAGUGUAACCGAUGAAGCUGGUCGUGAUGUUGCUAUGGAUACACAAGAUAUGCGAGAUGGAACAUUUAAAGUAGCCUAUACAGCUAAUACACCUGGACCAUAUUACACUGUACAAGUCUUCUUUAAUAAUCAAGAAGUUCCACGUAGUCCAUUCAAGGUGCCUGUGAAACCAAAUAUAGAUAUGUCGAAAAUUCAUGUUGAAAACCUUGAACCAAGUGUUCUAAAAGAAUCAUUCGCCAAGUUCACAGUUGACGCUAAAGCUGUAGAUCCACAAGGCAGAGGUGUUGUCAAGGCUAUAGUUGUUAGUCCAAAUAAACAAAGAACAGCAUGUUUAAUACAAAAUAAUGGUGACGGGACAUACAAGUGUAGUUACUCACCUGUUGAUGAUGGUUUACAUCAUGUUGAGGUGACUUAUGAUGGUGCACCAGUUCCGGGUAGUGCUUUCCCUGUUAAUGUAGCACCUGGUUGUGAUCCAACCAGAGUUAGAGCCUAUGGACCUGGUUUAGAAGGUGGAUUCACACAUGAAAUGCAAAGAUUCACAGUUGAUCUUGAUGGAGCUGGUCAAGGUGCACUCGGAUUGGCUUUAGAAGGUCCAGCUGAUGCACAAAUCCAAUGUCAAGAUAAUAAAGAUGGAACAUGCACAGUGGACUAUUUACCAACUCGUGCAGGAAACUAUGAUGUCUUUGUUAAGUUCAAUGAUGUUAAUAUUCCAGGUAGUCCAUUCCAAGUACCUAUUCGUGAUGUUGUUGAUCCAACUCGUGUACGAUGUUAUGGUCCAGGUUUGGAGCCAAGAGGUGCACGAGCUCAACAACCAGCACACUUUACUGUAGAUGCUUCACAAGCUGGAGAUGCACCGAUACAAGUUGCAACAGUUGAUCGUCUGGGAAGAUCGAAUCCAGCUCAUAUUGUUCCACGACCAACUCAACCAGGUGUUUAUGAUGUCACCUAUGUACCGGAUACAGAUGGUCCAUGUCAAAUUGAGGUGAAACAAGGUGGUAAUCAUGUAGCACGUUCACCAUUUAUGCAACAUGUUCUACCAGCUUUUGAACCUCAACGAGUUCGUGUCACCGGUGAAGGUGUUCAUCCAACACGACCAUUAGGUCUACCAGCGACUCAGCCUACCUCUUUCCAAGUAGAUACAAGAGAUGCAGGACUUGGAGAUUUAGAAUUAUCAGUAAUGGACCCUGAUGGUCAACCAUUACAAUUAGAAGUUGUUGAUGUUGGCGAUGGAACAUACGUAUGUCAUUAUACACCAAUGAUUGUGGGACGACACACUGUACGCGUGAAAUAUGGUGGACAAGAAAUACCUGAAAGUCCAUUUUUAGUACCAGUUGCUCCAUCUGGACGAGCUAAUCUGUGUCGUAUAGAAAGUGGAAAUGAUAGCCGAGUACCAGUUGGUCAAGAAUGUGUUAUCUCUGUGAAUACAGCUCAAGCUGGUGUUGGCCAGUUGACUUGUCGUAUUGUUACACCGUCUGGUGCGACAGCUGAUGUUGAAAUUCAUGAAGCACCAAAUGGUCGUGUUAACAUUUAUUAUACACCACCGAUCCGAGGAGAUUAUUUAGUUGAAAUACGAUUUGGUGGAGAGCUGAUACCAAAUGGAAGAUUUAAUCAAAAAGCUGUUAGUCCAGAAGAGUUAGUCAAUGAUAUAAGCACUAUACAAGAACAAAGAGUUCAACAUGUUAAUGUACAAUCUGUACAGUCGAUACAUUCAUCAACAAUUACAACAGGCUAUCAUCCAGUUGACUUUAAACUACCUGUUGGUCCAACAUUUAGUCAUGUCGAAGGUUUGGUUCGUACACCAAGUGGUCGAAUUCUCCAUCCAAAUUUAAUUGACAAUGGUGAUGGCACAGUGACAGCACAAUUCCAACCGAAUGAACCUGGAUUGCAUGAAUUAGAAAUCACCUACAAUGGUCAACCGAUACCAGGUAGUCCAUUUAGAUUUUACGUCGAAGCUGUUGGCUCUGGUGUUGUAACAGCCUAUGGACCUGGAUUGUCAUAUGGACGAGCUGGUGAACCAGCUAACUUCACCUUGAUAACACGAGAUGCUGGUGCAGGUGGACUAUCACUUUCUGUGGAAGGACCAUCGAAAGCAGAUAUUCAAUGUGAUGACAAUAAAAAUGGUACUUGUAGUGUAAGUUAUUUACCACUAGUCCCGGGAGAAUAUACAAUAUCGAUUAAAUUUAUGGAGAAUCAUAUACCUGGUUCCCCGUUCACUGCACAUAUAGCAGGUGAAUCUCGUCGAUUCAAUCAAGUUUGUGUUGGUACAACAAGUGAAAUGCCAUUACGUAUCACAGAAACAGAUAUUUAUAAUUUAGUCGCAACAGUUCGUAGUCCAUCUGGUCUAGAACAACCAUCUACACUGAAGAGAUUGCCGAAUGGACAUUUAGGCAUUUCAUUUACUCCACAUGAAAUUGGUGAACAUUUUGUCAAUGUAUUUCGUAAUGGCAGACAUAUUGCUAAUAGUCCAUUUAAAAUUUAUGUUGGUGAAAGUGAAAUUGGCAACGCAUCAAAAGUUCGAAUCUAUGGUACUGGUCUACGUGAAGGUAUGGCGAAUCAAAAUUGUCAAUUCACUGUAGAUACAAGAAAUGCUGGUUAUGGCGGUUUAAAUCUAUCAAUUGAAGGUCCUAGUAAAGCAGAUAUCGAAUGUCAUGAUAAUCAAGAUGGCACAUGUCUUGUCACUUAUCGGCCAACAGAACCUGGAACAUAUAUUAUCAAUGUUAAAUAUGCUGAUCAACCAGUACCAGGAAGUCCUUUUGUUGUGCAUAUCGGUGGAGAACCUUCGCUUAGAAUGAUGGAAAGAAUUACUCGACAACGGGAACUUGCUGAUGCCACCUAUGUUGGUAGUCAGUGUGAAUUGAAUUUAAAAAUUCCAGGAAUAAAUAUUCGUGAUUUAACAGCGAAUGUCACCAGUCCAUCAGGAGUCACUCAAAGAUGUGAUGUAUUAGCUACAGACGAUGUGAACUAUACCAUCAAAUUUGUACCUCAAGAAAUGGGUGUACACACUGUUUCAGUACGUCAUCGUGGAUCACACAUUUCUGGAAGUCCAUUCCAAUUUACUGUUGGUCCUAUCACAGAAGGUGGAGCACAUAAAGUACACGCUGCUGGUCCAGGAUUACAACAUGGUUUAACUUAUUCACCAAAUGAUUUUAGUAUUUAUACUAGAGAAGCAGGUGCAGGCGGUUUGUCAAUUGCUAUAGAAGGACCAAGUAAAGCGGAAAUAGAUUUUGAGGAUCGAAAAGAUGGUUCAUGUGGUGUCUCAUAUCGUGUAACUGAACCGGGCGAGUAUUUAUGCUCUAUUCGUUUUAAUGAUGACCAUAUACCGAAUUCACCGUAUCGUGUUAUUAUAAAUGAAGCAAUGGAGAGAACAUUCUAUACACCUGAUACUAAAUUGCUGAGUUUUGCUACUGUCCAAGAUCGUGGUCUUCAGAUCGGACGUCCAACAGCAUUCACAAUCAACUAUUCAGGAAUGGGAGGUAGAAUGAGAGCCUAUGUUGUCGCACCAUCUGGUUUACAAACAGAUGCAUUUGUUCACCAAGUUGAUGUUGAUCAACACGCUGUACGCUUUACACCUCAAGAGACUGGUGCACAUUUAGUUCAUGUGCUGAUGGAUGAACGUCCAAUACCUGGCAGCCCGUUCCGUGUUCUAGUAGGACAAGAUGAAACAGGUCCAGUGACAGCUAGUGGUGAAGGUUUAAGCUAUGGACGAGUUGGUGAGCGUAAUCGAUUCUUUGUGAAUACAGCACAUGCUGGUAGUGGUGCAUUAUCAGUUACUGUUGAUGGUCCAAGUAAAGUUCAGUUGAAUUGUACCGAACGUCCUGAUGGUUAUGAUUUCACUUAUAUGCCAUUAUCACCUGGUGAAUAUAUGAUUAGUAUUAAAUAUGGUGAUGCUCAGCAUAUUAUUGGUUCACCAUUUAAAGCAAUUGUUACUGGUGAUGCAGUACAUGAUACUUUCACUGCUGAUACAACACAUGUUGUUGUAGAAACCGGUGGACGUCUUGUCAAUGGACCACAUUCUAAUAUUGGCCCAUCAAGACCUGAUCGUGUUACAUGCUCUGGACCAGGUUUACAACAGGCGUAUUUAAAUGAAGUUAACACAUUUACAGUGAAUGCAACACAAGCAGGUCAUGAUGUUCUCUACGUUGGUGUUUCUGGACCAGUUGCUGCCUGUGAAGAAGUGAAUAUAAAACACUUGGGACAUGGUCAAUAUGCGAUUAAUUAUACUGUACGUGAUCGUGGUCGUCAUCAAAUUAUGAUUAAAUGGGGUGAUCAACAUGUCCCUGGAAGUCCAUUCACUGUGAAUGUUAUUUAA